AUGGCUUCGGUGUCACCGCCGCCCAUCCAGCAGACCACCGAUGUAGGCCGGCCUCGAUCGAAACAGCAGAUGUCUGUUAAUUAUGAUGAGGCAGACAACGGCCCAGUCGGUCAGCGAUCUUCACGACUCCAGUUUGAGCUGGCUCAGUGUGUCGAGACGACGACGGUGACGACAACAAAGACUACCAAAUUAGCGAUACCGCCGCUGUUGUUACGCGAGCCACGACCGCUCAGUUCCCUCGAUACAAAAGAGUAUCCACUGGCGAAUCGACCAACGCCCCCCGAACUGGCUAAAUUUACCAUGGAUAUCGAAGAUUACCAGCAAGGACUGUUUCCAGUCGACUCGUCAUUUGAGGAGGCCAUGUACAAGAGUGAACACGAGCCCAGGCCUUGUCAUCUCGAAGUCGAUGCCUUGGAAACACCUGAUACCCCGCAGCAAGAAUCCCCGACUCCAACCUUCUUCAACAACAAGCCGAGGCCGACCCGAAGGGCCAGUGGCAUCCCAUCUCGAAAUGCGGCAAAACCAUACGCUUCCAUCGGGAGGGAGGAGUUUUCCCGCUCAAACCGCCCGAUUAUGACCUCAACCGGAUCGGAGAGAAUGAGAAGACCAUUUACGGAGCAGAGGCGAGUGGAAUCAGAUUCUGCGGCUGGAUAUCUGGCUACUCCUGAUGCCACAGAGUUGGUAGGGGGCAGUCGGCGGCGUUCAAGUCGCCGCGAGCCCCUAGACCAGGGAGAAUCAGCGGACUCAGGCACUCAACAGACUUCGCUUUUUGACGCGGCCAGUCCCGCUGAGAGUGAGGCAAAUACUGCGUACAGCGGGUCGGUAACUACACCCCCGAUAAUGGAGGCGGACUCGGUUUCGUUCGGAGACGCAGACGAGCAGCCUGCACGUCCCUUCCACAGGCCCAGACCUACCGUGGAUACCAUUGCGGCGCAAGAUGCAAGUCUCCCUAGCCCGGGCCUAUCGCCUACGCUGCAGGCGGCGCAGUUGCAGAAUAGUCAGCAGGAUGACGGCGAUGUGGACGAGGACGACCAAAUGGAAUUCUCCCAGCAGCUUGCACGACAGAGACGGUCACGCUUCCUCAGGGAUAACUCAUCAGCGGACAACAAGGACGAUUCCUCCGACGCGGCUGAGCAUGCCCUUGAGCGUCGAAGGAGAGGAGGGUCGGAGCGUUUUUCCAGGCAAAGCAUACUUGAUACGCAGUACAUGGUUGAGCAGUUCGACACAUUACCAAACGAACUAAAGUCACUGAUGAUGUACCAGCUGCUAAGGCGUUGCCCCCGAAAGACACUGCACAUGGUUGCCGAUGUUGUCAACCCCGCUUUGAAGUGCGACUUCAUUAAGCAACUUCCGGCCGAACUUUCACUUCAGGUGCUGAGCUAUCUGGAUUACCGCGAUCUCUGCAGAGCUGCCCAGGUGUCGAAACUGUGGAGAUCCAUCAUCGAUGGCAACGAAACGGGCUGGAAGGAACUAUGCGAUCGAAAUGGGUUCGAAGUUUCUGAGAGUGAACUGGAGAAGGCGAUCCUUCAAGGUUGGGGUUGGCAAGACCCCGUUGGCAUUUACGGUGCUGAGCUUGAUCUCAGCCUGCAGUGUCGACUUACUGCCACUGAACCAGAGCUGGUGAAGACGGCAAAGCCAAAUGCGUCCCAGAGGACGAGGCCUGCAAAGCGGAAGCGUCCCAUGGCGGGCUAUCCAUCAGCAGACCGCUCGAAGCGGCGCGCAAACACUCAGGAAGUCCACAAGUCGGAUGGAAUGGAGCCGAGCCAUCAUCAACAAAACAGGGAAGGCCCUAUUGCAGCCGCCACAGCGGCAGCCAUUGCGGUUAGUGAUCCAGGGAUUGGACUUCCCUCUCUUAGAAGGUUGCACUUGUUUAAGUCCCUAUUCCGCCGGCACUACAUGAUCCGGCAAAACUGGACAAGCGGCAAGGUCAAACCUGGCCACGUGGCUUUUGCGGCGCAUCCUCGUCAUGUCAUCACCUGCCUUCAGUUUGAUGAAGACAAGAUCAUCACUGGGAGCGACGAUCAGUUGAUACACGUCUAUGACACCAACACAGGCAAGCUGAGGCAAAAGCUCGAGGGACAUGAAGGUGGAGUUUGGGCACUGCAAUACGAGGGUAACACUUUGGUUUCCGGAAGCACGGAUCGAUCGGUUCGCGUCUGGGAUAUUGAAAAGGGCCUCUGCACACAAGUAUUCUAUGGACAUACGUCCACAGUAAGGUGCCUACAGAUCCUGAUGCCCACUGAGGUGGGUACUGAUAUGGAUGGCAAGCCAAUAAUGUCGCCAGCCAAGCCCUUGAUCAUUACAGGAUCCCGGGACAGUCAACUUCGCGUUUGGCGUCUUCCCGAGGCCGGAUCUAGACGAUACAUUCAGACAGGCCCUCCCGCCAACGACGCGGAGUGCCCAUACUUUUUGCGGAUCCUCCAGGGUCACACCCACUCCGUCCGUGCCAUCUCAGCACAUGCUGAUACUCUUGUAUCGGGCAGCUAUGAUAGUUCCGUCCGUGUAUGGCGUAUCAGCACGGGCGAGCAGCUGCACAUGUUACAGGGCCACUCACAGAAGGUGUACUCUGUCGUGCUCGACCACAAGCGCAACCGUUGCAUUUCUGGAUCCAUGGACUCUCUCGUCAAGAUCUGGGAUUUGGAAACUGGCGCUUGUCUGUAUACACUCGAGGGCCACAGUUUACUUGUCGGACUUCUCGACCUCCGAGACGAGCGGCUUGUCUCUGCGGCGGCUGACAGCACUCUUCGCAUCUGGGAUCCCGAGAAUGGCAAGUGCAAGAGCAUUCUCACAGCCCACACUGCGGCCAUUACCUGCUUUCAGCAUGAUAGCCGUAAAGUCAUCAGUGGUAGUGAAAAAACGGUGAAAAUGUGGGAUAUUGCCACUGGCGAGUGCAUCGAGGAUCUCUUGACGGAUCUCAGUGGGGUCUGGCAAGUCAAGUUUGACGGGAGGAGAUGUGUCGCAGCGGUCCAGCGAGACGGCCUCACGUAUAUCGAGAUUCUCGAUUUUGGUGCUGUUCGUGACGGUAAACCCCGCGAAGAGCUCGGAAAGCGGAUAGUACUCAACUCUUCUGAAGUUCAACGUCUUCUCGAAGAGGUUGAGGCUUGA